AUGUCUUUACCAGAGUAUCAACUGCAGAACACCCAAGCCCUUUAUGACAUCAAAUGCUAUAUGUACAAAGAGACCUUCCCCUGCAUGAUGCCUCUACUUGGAAAUCUCGCAGGCAUAAUCGACACCUCUUUGUUGGCUCUGAAGUUACAACAGCACAUCAGACUCUCCGCAUAUUUAGAGACCGGAUGCAUCCACGCUUCUGCACUCGAGGUAGAAUGCACCAAGGUACCACUCUACACCAUAGAUAGGCACAUCUCCCUUGCAUCAUUAGAUCUGCCUGCUAAGUGGACCAGGCAGGACCAAGACAAAAAAAUUCACAUUGUUUAUGAUGGCGUCGUCGAUCUAGCAAACUUUCGAACCAUCGUUCAUUGGGCGGAUUAUCCAUUAGGGUACAACAUGCCCGUCUUCAAUUUUGGUGGUAUUCCUGAUAUGUUGGAAGUCCAUUCAACCAUAUCGGUGAACGACCAUUCGUUCUUUAAUGGUUGGCCUUUAUCAGAUGUCAAUAUGGUGUCGGAAGGGGAUGGUAGCUUCAGUGCUUACUCCCACCAUGGAGCACCUUAUCCCACCCACUCUGCCCCUUAUAUCACCCACUCUGCGCCUCAUCCCACCCCAGCUGCAUCUCAUCCCGCCCCAGCUGCGUCUCAGACACUUGUCAAUGAUGCGCAUGACGCCAGUGGCCAAGUCGUUCCCCAGCAGCCUGCUGUUAACUUGAAGCAGAUCAUGAAGGAAUACCCCAAGUGGAGGUUGGUCCUGGCCUACCUACAACUCCUUUUUAGAGUGGCAAUUUGCACAGGGAACUCUGUUGUGAACCCUCAUGAGAUCACCACCAGCAAUGCUGAUGUGAAAGCUAACUUGAUCACCACUCUGUUUUCCCAGAGUCUCAAACGUGCCAAUACACUUGAAGAGGACUUAGAAAACGUUGUUCUCAAUGGCUUGACCAUAACUCGGGAGGCUAUGCUCGUGAUGGCCGUCAAGUGGAUAUUCCAACUUAUCUACAAUACAGCUCAGGUAGCCGAUUGGGCAAUCACUCAUCAUGAAGCAGGAUUUGGACUCCAUGACAUCUUUGGUCCUGUUCUUCAAGCUAAGCUUGAGACGUUGCUAGAAAACUUCUUGCAUCCGAAAUCCAACCAUCUUCCGAUCAAUCAAAAUGGUUUGGUUUGGUUCUUUCGCUCAAAGUUUUCCAAGACGCUUGCCUGGCACAUCGUAUUCAGAAAGACCAGGUUGAAAGGUGCUCUAGCCCACUCAACCCCUCAUGUGCCACUGGUCAUGGCUGAUCUUGAGCCUGAUCUGUUCAAGAAUGCUCCCCACCUCCCGGAAGCCACCCUGGCCUACGUGGCAUCUUCUUAUCUUGAUAUUUCCUAUGACCUAAGCCGUUAUGCAUCUCCUACCACAGUUCACACAAAUGCCCUUGAGAUGCUCAGGAUGUUACUACAACUAGACGAUGACCCAGGAUACCCCGAGUUCAUGGACAUCAUGCGCCCUUUUUGUAAUCUCGCGGUGCAAGAUGUUACACGGGUUCACUGGAGUAAAUUCAGUUUGCCCAAGUGUUUAGCAGAUAAUUAUAAGGUCGUUGUUCAACGAUUUUGCAAAUGUUUCGACCCACCAACUUUCGACAUGGUGAAGAUUAUUUCAACUUUUUCUUCUACACCUGUAGGCCAUUUGACAAAUGUCUUUCUUGGGAUUGAAUGCACCGAGGACGCCCUGGCAUCUUGGCUGGGGACACACGGGCCCAACAUUGUUCCAGUCUCCAUCUUUAUCACAGCUUCUGUGCUGUUUGGAUUGGUCAACUCCCAUGACCUUAUGUCUCUUCUUGAAACGAUCCUCGGAGAAGUUGUGAAGCAAAUGCAGCUCCAGCAAGAGGAUAGUUGUAUACAAUUCCUUAAGCAAGGAGGGUGUUGUGUUAUGGAGGAGAUGAUGUAUCAUGCUCAGAUGGAAGUAUCAUUAUAUAGUAAAGCUAUUGCGAAGCUCUGCGAAGAGUUGGAUGCCAGAAAUCAGCCAGCAUCGGGGUGUCUUCGCUCAAAUUUGGAACUAGCUUCAGUGAACACCAUUGGGUCUAUGGAGGCAUCUUCUCGUACACUCAAAUUCUGUCCCUUUCAGCCUUUAAAUGAUAUUCAAGAUAAAUCAUACAAGAAAUGCCAGGCAUGGCUUCUUAAGUCAAAUAUCCAAGACACUGCGGAACCAGCCUUGCACUUGGGAAAGGGUGAAGACGGCGUCAUCAUUGUCGUACAUGUGCUUCUUGUAGUGCCGCCAACGUGGUACCAUUACGUGGGAUGA